AUGCAGAAUGGGAGCUCAAAUGGUGAGUUACUGAUUAAAAAUGCCCAGCUGAAGCAUGCUGGACGCUACACCUGCACGGCACAGACCCCCGUUGACAAUAUUACAGCCUCUGCCCACCUGGUUGUCAGAGGUCCCCCUGGUGCCCCAGGUGGGGUGCGAGUGAUAAAUAAAACUGACAAGAGUGUAACGUUGCAGUGGAGCCGUGGAGCAGACAACCACAGCCCCAUCUCCAAAUAUACUAUCCAGUACAGGAACUCGUUCUCAAAGGAUGUCUGGAAGAAUGCCACUACAUCUCCUGCAGAUGUAGAGGGGAAUGCAGAAACAUCCACAGUCAAGGAUUUGUUCCCCUGGACAGAAUAUGAGUUCAGGGUCAUUGCCACCAACACUCUGGGGACAGGAGAGCCAAGCAGCCCGUCACCUAAGGAGAAAACCUUGGAAGCAAUUCCUGUGGUGGCGCCCUCGGACAUUCGGCGGGGCGGAGGGACCAGCAGAGAACUGACCAUCACGUGGACGCCUGUACAGCCACAGUACUACUACGGGCCAAAUUUUGGCUACAUUGUGGCCUUCAGACCUCAAGAUGAUUACCAGUGGAGAAGAGUGAUAGUAGCUGACCCACAGGCCAACCGCUACGUCCACAAAGAGUCCUCCAUCCCUCCUUUGACACAGUUUCAAGUCAAAGUCAAAGCAUUCAAUAGCAAAGGAGAGGGACCCUACAGCCUAACAGCCAUCAUCUAUUCUGCACAGGAUGCUCCAUCUGAAGCUCCUGUAAAUGUCAAUGGCAGAGCUCUCUCUGCCACAGAAGCCAUCGUGUGGUGGCUGCCCCUCUCACAGAGCAAUAUAGAUGGAUACCAGGUGAAGUACUGGAGAAAUCAGGAAGACAGCGAGGGCGGGGCUCAAAGGGUUGUGGUGCCUGGCAAGGAGAACCACACCAGGCUGGAGGGUAUGAAGCCUGACUCCAGUUACCUUAUUGAGAUUCGGGGCUACAACUCUGCAGGAUAUGGGCCACCCAGCGAGCACCUCCAGGUCCACACCAAGAAACCCCCUCCAAGUCGACCCCCUACAAUAUUAGGUACAAAGUUAAAGGGCCAGUCAGUUAAUAUUGCCUGGGAACAUGUGGAACCACUGGAUAAUGAGGCAUCAAUAGAUGGUUACAAAGUGCUGUACAGGCAGCAGGGUAGCUCCACAGGCACUCUGUACACGACAAGUAGGCGGUACAUAGAUCUUCCCCUGCAUGACGGGGACUAUGUGGUGGAGGUCCGGGCGCACACAGAAGGAGGAGAUGGGGCCGUGGCAAAAAUCAAAAUCUCAGGUGGAGGUGUGAUGGCUGCCCAGUCCCUCAGUGUACUCUCCCUGCUCCUGGUGGCUCUCCUCUGCCUGAACCUCUGAAUGUAGCGCCAUCUUUGUCUUCACGUCCAUGUGAAGAAGACUCUUUAUCGUUGACGCCUGUGAGGACUUUGGGACUUUCCACUUUCUUUCGGUUCCACCCUGUAAACCCGGAACAUCGUAUUCCAACUCUUACCCUCUGGAAUAUGUUUGUGGAAAAAGACAGAAAUGGAAAAAAUUGGAAAUGGACAAAGACAUCCCUUAUUUAUCCACAAAAAGCCUCUUUGGAGGAGUGUCAAAGGAGUUCUGUCAACUUUUUAAAUAUGCCUUAUAUAAAUGACUGCACUUAUCUUUCACAGUAAUUUGUUGGAUCAUGACUGAGAGUGUGAACGUAACGCAGGUUGGCUGUUAAGUGUUUUUAAAAUGUAGGCUUCUUUUGAUCUGUGACAUUUUGAAAAAUCUAUCCUACUGUGCAUUCCAUAGUUUAAGGUAAACAAGUAGCUAUGAAGGAUAAGUGUAUGAGUUUAUAAAAAUGUCUUUAUGUCUUUCUUUACUUGCAGUUCAGUGGCAUUUUCUUCUGUUUUCUUUUCUAAAUAAAGCACAUCCUCUGUUACAGAGAUACAGUCAAAGCAAAUCUCAACCACUCAUAUACUUUUUUAUAAUGAGCAUCAUAGCAAAAAGAGCAAUUUAUGUCAUGCUGAAAUAAUAUAUCCAAUAACUGAUAUCAUUUUGCUAUCUAAUAUACUAUGGAUGUUAUGAAAAAUAGAUCGGUUUGACCUGCAAUCAGUGCUUAUCUCCAAAAUCAUAACAUGAGCUCUAUUAAUAGAGUUCCACUUUAAAACUGUGUGCAUGUUGACAUUGUUACAAAAGUAAGUGGAGUUUAGGAACAUGGAUCAAUAUUUGCAAAGCUGAAUGUAAAGCAAACUACAGGAACAGGAAGUGAACAUAUCAAACAUGCAGUGUCAAAUACAGAACUGCAGCAAACAUAUAACUGUGGUUGUUUUGAUUGCUUGCCACCUCUGCUUAUAUUUGUACAUCUGUGCAGUGAUCAAGGCUUUGCCACAACAUGUGGGUCGUUUGUUGAAACCGAUGCUGAAAACUGCUCUGUGCCAGUGUGACCUAAACCUAAACUAAAAUUACUUUUGUUUUGACUGUAUCAUUAGGACCUCAGUGGUACCAGCUGGUGCUUUGUAAAGAAUGUUGGCAUUUUAUUUAGCAUAAACAUUUUCAUUUCAUCUCUCUCGUUAUAUGGCUUUGUGUGAGAGUCACUAUUAACAGUUACAAUGAACGGUAGUGACGCUCAUGCCCUUCAAUAAUUGUGCAAUGUCUGAUUCAUCUGUGGCUACUUUAUAUUUUCUAAUAAGACAACUUGCCUAGCUCCUAUAACAGUAAUCUAGUAUAUUUCAUUUUUCAUGAUCUUGUAUUAACAGAAGAUAAGCAAAGCCAUCCAUGUCGGCGGUAAGAGCCCAUCCAAAGCUCAUGACAUUGUUUCCACUGCAUUAUUUUUUGUCUUUUUAUUAACAUGUGAUCAGAGAUAUAUAAACAUUAUGUAAUUUUUGUUCAUGAUUAUUAUAUUUGUAUGUCUUGACCCACCUCUGGUUGGACAGUUUAAAGGUUUAUUUCCCUCAACAACAAAUGCUGCGUUGAAUUCCUCUGAUUCACUAUUUGUGUGACUGACGCUGGCCAUGCUUCUACAUUGUGACUAUAUCAACAUCCACCACAAAGUGCUUUUGCCAGUUUUCCUUCAUGCGACAAAUCAUAAAAAGAGUUGCCAAAUGCAUGAAUGCCUUGAACUUUGACAUAUUGGCCGAAGCAGUGGCUCUACAUUCUAACAUGCAUGACAUUGGAAACAAAGUGUACAUUACUUUGCAACAAAUCAGCAUCAUAGCGACUUCUCAACCUGUGCUCCAUAUGAAAUACAUUCCAUUACUGAGUGACAUCCCUUUACGUCAGAGACCGUAUAAAUCUCAACCUAAUAUGUGCAUUAGCUGUUAAGCUUCAUUAAGCUAGUCAUCUCAUAUGAAGUCAUGGGGAGAGUUUUUAGACAGAAAAUCUUACACUGACUAAAGGAAUCUCACUCAUUAAAAUUCAGAAAUGGUUCUGCAGUAUCAUGCACACUAUGGUUGGGAUUUGAUGGCAUCACUCGUGGCAGUGGCAGCAUGUUUGGCUGUUUGCUGGAGUUCAGUGCUUUCGCUGGACUUGAACGGCACAUGUGAGGGCUAAAACUGGAACCUCUCAUUGGCUGGACAAGGAACAAUAAAAGUGUAGUUAACUAUUA